UAUAUACCUAACAUUUCUUUCAUCUUCAAGCCAAUAGUUCCCUGCCUCCUCCUUAUGACCCAACAACCCAUCUAACUGUCUCCAGAAAAUGGAACAAAUUUCCCCAAAACCCAACCAAAUUUUCAUCUUAUCUGGGCAGAGCAACAUGGCUGGUCGCGGCGGCGUAAUUAGACAUCCCCAUGAGCACCACCAGCACUGGGACCAUGUCGUCCCGCCGGAAUGCCACCCCCACCCAGACAUCUUCCGAUUAAGUGCCAAUCUUCACUGGGUUGAAGCCCAUGAACCUCUCCAUGCCGACAUCGACGCUAAAAAAGUUUGCGGAGUGGGGCCCGGGAUGUCAUUCGCCAACGCCGUCAGAGAGUGCGGCGUCGGGGUGAUGGGUCUGGUGCCGUGCGCCGUAGGUGGGACAGCGAUUAAGGAAUGGGCUCGUGGGGAGGAGCUGUAUGAGACAAUGGUGAAACGGGCGAAGGAGAGCGUGAAGGAAGGUGGAGAGAUCAAGUGUUUGUUGUGGUACCAAGGAGAGAGCGACACGUCUACUGAGCAUGAUGCUGAGGCGUACCAGGGGAACAUGGAGAAGCUAAUUGAGAAUGUGAGAGAGGAUCUGGCUUUGCCUUCUCUUCCAAUCGUUCAGGUAGCAAUUGCAUCAGGAGAUGCGAAGUACCUGGAGAAAGUGAGAGAGGCACAAUUAAGGAUUAAUAUACCAAAUGUGGUAUGUGUAGAUGCCAAGGGAUUGCAACUCAAACAAGAUAAUCUCCACCUAACAACUGAAUCUCAAGUUAAGUUGGGCCAAAUGCUGGCUGAAGUCUACCUCAAGCAUUUUGCAUCAUCAUAAUCUUUUCUUCACUUCAAAGCAAGUAUGAAUCUAUUUUCUCCCCUUUCUGGUGUGUUUUUGUGUUGUUUGCUCAUUCUUGGUCUUUGAUUUCUCUUUUUAUAUGUAUCUUUUUCUUCUUUCUCCAUUCUCUCCUCAUUUAUGUUAUGCUUUUGUUGCCUCCCUUGCUUGUUCAACCCUACAGGUAUCUGCUUUUCAUUAUGGGUUGUAAUAUGAUUAUGAUGGUUAUGGGUUUUGUAUUUGUGU